AAGUGACGACGAAUUUUAGAUAUUUUUAAUCACAUUAUUUUAUAUUAGAUAAAACGUAAACGAAAUGAUAAAACGGGAAUGUUGUUAAAAUUUCGUAACGUCAUUUGAGGUUGCAACGUUAUCCGAUUGGUCAGUCAACAUAGAAAAUAAGUGUAGCAAGUAAUAGCAAAAUCAGUAAAGCAAUCGCGUUUGAAAUAAAUGCUGUCUUUGACUGUACAAUCAGAAUAAUGUCACAUUUGAGUUACAUUCCAUGUUUAGGGUUAGGAAUUGACACGCUAUCCCGUCCGCCACCAGUGAUGCCACCGCUACCACGUAGGCCACCACUCCAUAGGCGUAUUCGUCCCGUUCCUCCUCCCGUUCGGACUAAUUCGACAUUUGUGCCCGGAGGGUUAGGAAUUGACACGCUAUCCCGUCCGCCACCAGUGAUGCCACCGCUACCACGUAGGCCACCACUCCAUAGGCGUAUUCGUCCCGUUCCUCCUCCCGUUCGGACUAAUUCGACAGGAGCUGCAAAAGAUGCCAACGCAACAAUUGAAAGCGCAACAGGCGAUUACCAAGAGUUACAAGCUGUAGUAGGAACUGGAAGACGACACAACGAAAACGAGGAAAAUGAUUCAGGAAGUGAUGCAAUCGACGAUAGUGAUUUGUUUGCCAAUGAAGAGUUUGUUGAGUAUGAGGAGGUUCUUGAAAGAUGUGGCUAUGCAGAAUUAAUGAACUUGCUGUAUGAAAAGAACAACGAAUGGAGGAAAAGGAAAAUAAAUAUUGCCAUAACAGGCCAAUCCGGUACUGGAAAAUCAAGUCUUAUUAACGCUUUACGAGGCCUUAAAGACGACGAACCUGGUGCAGCAAAAACCGGUUGCGUUGAAACAACUGUUAAGCCAACUCCAUACAUCCACCCUGAGAACGACAAUCUGGUACUAUGGGACUUACCUGGCAUUGGAACGCCAAAUUUCCCAAAAGAAAGUUACUUAGAAAAAGCACGUUUCAUAGAGCAUGACUUUAUCAUACUUGUUUCCUCCUCGAGGUACACGACGAAUGAUACUUGGUUGGCAGAACAAAUAAUAUACCGAUUUCCAGACGCAAAUCUUUUUUUCGUGAGAACAAAAAUUGACGAUGAUCUGCGAAAUAAAAGCAAAGGAAGGAAAGUCCCUUUGACAGAUGAAGAAAAUGAAAUAACAUGUAUGGAAAUCAAACAGAACUGUCGUGAUAACCUCGUUCAGGCAAACAUACGGAAUCCACACAUCUUCAUGGUGAAUAAUCAUGAAACAGAUAAAUUUGAAUUUGGUAAAUUUGUAAAUAUGCUUCUUUUAAAAGUUUCUUUUCUGAAAAGAGAUGCUCUUGUCCUUUCAAUAACGAGUUUUACCAAAGAUGUUGUAGCGGCAAAAGUAAAAAUUUGUCAGGAACGAAUCGGCAAGGUAAGCAAGGUGGCGGCAAUUGCAGCUAUACAUUCACGACAGAUUAACAAACGAUAUCAGGAUACAAUUCUGAAAGAAGAAGUGUUGCUAUAUACACGGCAGCUUGGAAUCGAUGCAGAAUCGUUGGAAAUAGUUGCGCAAAGGUUUAAGAAGGAUCGUGAGGAAAUAUAUACGGCUCUGAACUCAACGACGCAUGUCAUUUUAAGAAAUUUUGAGCAACACUAUGCACAAUAUGACAAAGUUGUUCCAUCUAAAUGGCAUGGUCUACCAUUAUUUGGUAGGCGUGUGGAAUUGAAAGCAUACCAAAAGCAAUGCAUCUCUUUUCUACAAAGCUUGCUGAAUACAUGUGUAAAGGAAAAUAACACACUCCAGACAAAGAUUGCAAUAUGGUCUCUUAUAUCACGAGAUUAAAGUGGGUCUUCUGAGGCUUCGUGGGAUGCAGACAUCAGACGUGUACAGAUAACUUCAUUAAAACAUGUGCAAGAGGUUGUGUAGUUAAGUACUAAUCUUACGACGAAAUGCAUUUGAAUGGUAUGAAAACAAGCAAUACUUGAUACCAUUUGAAAAAAGAAUAUAACUAUCAAAAACAUUAAUUGUUUUCAUUGUAUUAUGAUAUAGCAAUGUACCCAGUAUUGUAUUUAAUAAGCGUAGUUGUUAAAUACCUGAUGUGGUUUUUAACUAAAAAUGAUUUCAUGUUGCUUUUGAAUAUAAGUAUGAAUAUGAUCACAUCGCUUUUCUCGCAAGUUAUUGCGCUCAUUUAUCUUUAGCUUUGUCUUUUUAUAUGUUUAAAUAAAUGCCCGUGCAGUACACUGAUGAUAUAUCAUCAAAGGAUUUGUCGAACGGAUUACAAACGAUUACAAGUGGUAACAAUGUAUACAUGCAAAGCUAAUUAAAUUUGUAUCGAACUGAAAUAAAUAAACAAAUCAUGAUUCAGUAUCUUAGUGUGUACAAUUCUGCCAUAACUUUUUGGCUGUUUUUGAAGCUUUCAUGACCACUAUUUUAAAGGGUUACUACUAUCACGGUUGCAUAACAUUUUAAUGACAUUAAUUGAGUUAUAAUAAUGCAUUUUUUCAUUUAAAUUUGUAAAUAAUUGUAUAGGUUUUGAAAUGUUUUUUUAAACAUGUUUCAUUAUGUGUUUUGUUUUAUUUGUAAAUGAUUGGUUUAUUCAGGACGGGCGUAGAUGGCAUUCGAUUUUGGAAACAUUAAGUAAUUGCACGGUUAUCUUAUUGUAUUUGUUUGUUUGUAUUGUUCCUUACAGAGUUGCAUUGUAAAUAUGAUUAUUGAAAGAGAAUAUGUAUAGGUACUUUGACAUCUUACAAAGAUGCUUUAAUACUGUUAGUUUUAGGUAUAUUUUUUGCUUAUAGUAGUAAAAAUAGUUAUGUUACAUGUUAUCAAUCAAAAGUACAUACGCAUAAAGGUACGUGACAAUAACAUAAAUUGAACUUAAAACAAAUACUAUUGAUAUAUCGACCAGCAUACGAGUGUUACAGAGACUCCGAAGUUAUGGUUUGACAAUAAGUGUUAUGUGUUGAACAUCACAAUUUUAGUUAGGUCUUGAAGGUUGCUAUCUUUAUUCGCAAACAUCAUUUACAAGUGUACGUAAUUUUAAGAUGCUUAAAUGUAUGGCUUUAUUGUCAUAUGACAAUAAAUGUUAUUCAAUAUUGUCUUAAAAAUUAGGAAUAUCAUAUUUAUUGUUUACAGGACACAGUUGCCCAAUUAAUUGGAAAAUGAAACAUACUCUAGCUGGGUUUGGUUAUGUGUUUUAGUUAUGCAACAAUAUAUCGAUUUAAAAGUGUAUAGACUAAAAAUAAUGAUUUUGGAAACUUACUAGGAUUUAAUAUUUCUAUUGCUUAAUUUGU